AUGAAAAAGACACUAAGAAUUGAUCUUUUCUUUAAAAGAAUUAAUUUUGAAGAUUCAACAUCUCAAGUAAAUCCAUUUUUAAGUAUUGAACCAUUGAAUUCUGAAAGUCGUCCUGAAAAAGCUCAAAGAGUUGAAAUCAAUGAGAAGAUUGAUAUUCAAGCAUUAGAACGUGAUCCGGGAUUGCGACUACCAAUGUGGAAGUGUCCCAUUGAGAAGCGUGAUGAAGUUAGGAGAGCUUAUAUCAAGGCCGACCCAUAUCAAUGUUUACUUUCAAAGUAUCCAAAAUCGGAAGAAAAUCAUCCUCGUAGUUUUCAAGCAUCUUGGUUUAAGUUAUUCCCUUCUUGGUUAGAAUAUUCUCCUAGUAAAGAUGCAGCAUUUUGUCUACCAUGUUAUUUGUUUCAUACUCAAGAUGGGCCUUCCGGAUUGGAUGUGUUUACUAUCAAUGGGUUUAGAUCAUGGAAGAAAGUUAGAGAUGGAAAAAAUUGCUCAUUUUUAGCACAUAUUGGGAAAGAUCUCACCUCUCCUCACAGAAAUGCCGAGAAAGCUUGUGCGGAUCUCAUGAACCAACAAUCACACAUUGCACAACAUAUUGAGAAAUUCACUUCUCAAGAAAUAGCAGAGAAUAGACUUCGCUUGAAAACUUCAAUUGAGGCAACGAGAUGGAUUGCAUUUCAAGGAUAUUCUUUUAGAGGUCAUGAUGAGUCAAUAACAUCAAUAAACCGUGGAAACUUUUUAGAGCUAUUGAGUUUCAUUGCCUCUUUUAAUGAUGAAGUAACAAAAGUUCUUGAAAUUGGUGAUGCAAAAUUUUGUAUCAUUAUUGAUGAAGCUCGAGAUGAAUCAAAGAAUGAACAAAUGUCAAUUGUCUUGAGAUUUGUUAAUAAAGAUGGCUUUAUACAAGAACAUUUCUUUGGAGUUGUUCAUGUUAAGGACACUAUUGCAUCAACAUUGAAAGAAUCUAUCUUUUCUAUCUUAUCUAGUCAUAAUCUUGAUGUUCAGAAUAUUCGGGGACAAGCUUAUGAUGGUGCAACUUCAUCAAAGGAAGUUAUCCCUGUCCAUCAAUUUUUCACCAAGUUCUCUAUUAUUAAUGUUGUUGGGGCAUCAUGUAAGCGCAAUGAUCAGUUGAAAGUUGCCCAUACCUCAAAUAUUGCUCAUUUGCUUAGUAUUAAUGAGCUUGAAAGUGAGAGAGGUCUUAAUCAAAUUGGUUCUUUACAAAGGCCGGGUGAUACUCGUUGGAGUUCUCAUUUGAAGUCUAUUUCAAGUUUGAUGAGAAUGCAUAGUGCAACAUGUGAAGUUUUACUUAAUAUUAUUGAAGAUGGAACUACACAUGCUCACUGUGGAGAUGCUGAUGCAGCUUAUGAGUUGCAAGAGUUGAGCAAUAAGUUUGAUGACAAAGCAAUGGAGUUAAUUAUUCUCAGUUCAUCGUUAGAUCCAAAAGAGAUGCGUAUAUCAUUCAGAAUUGAUGACAUUUGCAAGUUGGUGGAGAAAUUUUACCCUCAAGACUUUAAAGAUUAA